AUGUGCGAUUAUUUUGGUGAAAAUCCGUUGAAUGACGAUGCACAGUUUAGGCGUCGGUUUCGUAUGAGCCGUCGUCUUUUCAUAAGAACUUCUGAUGAUCUUACGGCCCAAUAUCCAUUUUUCACUCAAAGAGAAAGUGCUAAUCGCAAAAUUGGUUUAUCUGAAAUACAAAAGUGUACUGCCACAAUUCGGCAACUUGCGUACGGGACAACGAGUGAUCCGUGGGAUGAAUAUUUAAGGAUGUCGGCUAGAAGUUGUCGUGACUGUCUUGAAAAUUUCUUUGAAUGUGUUGACUUUCUUUACGGGAGACGAUAUUUGAGGAUGCCGACUGCUAUCGACGUUCCACUUUUAUACGAGGCCCAUCAGCGGAUACACGGGUUUCCCGGGAUGUUGGGUAGUCUUGAUUGCACGCACUAG